AUGACUGCCGCGCCCCCCCCCCGCAGAGUUAGGCUCCGCCCCUGGCUCCUGGCCCAGGUGAGCAGCGGCCGUUUCUCCGGACUGCAGUGGCUGGACCCUGAACUGCGCCUCUUCAGGGUCCCCUGGAAACAUGCAACACGACACAGCCCCCCAGAGCAGGAGGACACCAUCUUCAAGGCCUGGGCUCUGGAGACAGGGAAGUACCAGGAGGGUCUGGAUGAGCCGGACCCAGCGAAGUGGAAGGCGAACCUGCGCUGCGCUCUGAACAAGAGCCGAGAGUUCCAGCUGAAGUACGACGGGACCAAAGAGACGCCUGUCCAACCGUACAAGAUCUACGAGGUGUGUGAGCACAGCGCAGGAGCAGAUUUUGUUGAUGAGGACGAGGAGGAG